GACCCUUCUCUGGUGUGUGUGUUGAUUGACAGUCUGUCGGAGCAGCACACACACACACAUGGUGGGAGGGUGAGACAUUCCAGCUCAGACUCUUCAGUCUCAGACUCCUACAGUGAGUUGGAGGAGGAGAGCAGUAGCCAGUGCUCCCUUAGCUCAAGCCCAGAAACACACUCCGAUCCUGGGACACCCACCGAUGCUCAGGCCCUUGACUGCACCAAGGAGGUAAUACCACCACGAUCACUGUCUGUCACACUGCUGUCUGUCUGUCUGUCUGUCUGUCUGUCUGUCUGUCUGUCUGUCUGUCUGUCUGUCUGUCUGUCUGUCUGUCUGUCUGUCUCUAUACCAUAUCUCUCUUUAGCUACCUCUCUCUCAUGGCAUUUCUCAAUCUCUCUCUUUUUAGAUAUUUCUCUCUCACCCUUUAGCCUCUUAUACCCUUUUACUCUCUUUUUUCUCCAUCCCCCUUUUUCUCUCUGCCUCCUCUCAUUUCAGAUUCUCUCUCAAUUCAAUUCCAUUCAAAGCGCUUUAUUGGCAGGGGAAACAUAUGUUUACAUUGCCAAAGCAAGUGAAAUCUAUCUGGUGAGGGGGAGGGGGAGGGAGGAAUUAGGAAUGCACGUGAGCUAGCAUAGGGAGGGGGUGAGGGAGAGGGGGUGAGACCAGGGGGAGGAAGCAGGGGGAGGGGUAAGCAGGGGGAGGGUGGGGGAAAGCAGGCAGAAGAAGGCAGAGUGGAGUUGCUGUAGGAAUUAAAGUUUGGGUGUCAUGUCAACAAGCCCAGUCCCAAAUAGGAAAGCCCACGGGAGGUGGGAGUCCCGGAGAUUUGGUUUCACGCUAGCAUUUCAUUAGCAGUUAGCAUGACAGUCUCCCACACUAAUAACCAACUGCAGAUUCUCUAUGCUACGCCAGCUUACGCUCAAAUAAGCUCAACUAAAGGUAAGGGAAUCUUUCAAAUGGAAUGGGUUAGCAGUUUCAUUGGCACUGAGUUACAAGCAUGUAAAUGCACAGUAGAGAGAGAGAGAGAGAGAGAGAGAGAGAGAGAGGGGAGAGAGAGAGUGGUCUGUUUAUAAACAGCAGGGUAUAAUAGGUCUUUAUUUAUUUGAGGAGGAGUUGGUGGUGGGGGGAUAUUGUCGAAGGAGGGGGACAGCAGUUAGGGGUGUAGGUUAGCUAUGCAGAGAGAGUUGAGUAGGGAAAACCUGCUUCUACUGCCUGUAUGAAUAGAAGGCCCUAUGUGUCUGUGUCUGACCAUAGCUGGGUCUAUUACUGAACAUGCAGUAUAUCAGGCCCCAAUAGAGGUGGUGAGGGUGGGGGGUCCAUGUGUUUUUCCUCUACAUGGAGCGUUACAGUGUCUCCCAAGGAAGGGAGUAUUUAUUUACUGAUUUCUAUUGCCUUCUUGUCAAAUAGCGCCAAGCCAGAACAAACUGAGAAUUGACUAACUAGUUCCUGAAAAUCAUGCAAAGCAUACUGGGAGUUUCCUUCCUCAAUUGAAAUACAAUCAAUCUCUGAGCUGAAGAGAGAUCUUAUCUAUGGAUGAUCGAAUUCUAACUGGGGUUUCAACCGAGCAUAUUCUGCGGGUGCCAGGGUUGGAAACAGUGCUCCAGAAUUCCAGGUAGAGGGAAGGAGGGAGGGAAGGGAGGGAGGGGGCAGAGAGGGUACAAGAGAUGCAGUGUCUUCUCUGGAAAAGGGAAUGAGGGAGGGGGGGAGUGUUUGAGUAGAGGAGUAGAGGUUUAAAUAACUCUGGUCAGCUACUGGAGAGAGGGAGCUAGAUGGGGAGAGCGAAAAAGAAGACUUAGGAAAGCAGUGAGUAGAUCCUCUUCUUUUUAAAACUCUCUUCUCUUUCUGGGUUACUGAGUCAGUUGUGUGAGUCAUUUGAUAAAUGGGAGGGGGGGCUUUAGCCUCUGUCAGGGCAGAUGUGUGUGGAUUCCAGUGGUAGUAAAAAAUGAAGGAGUGUUGAAGAAGUAGUCAAUUUAAAGGGCACUGUUCAAAGUUUGAGCUUCUUAGACUAUGGUUGAACGAGUGGCAGUUUUUACAGUGUUUUCUCAAUGUACUCUACAUGUGCAGUGUAGAACAGUUUAAAAAAGUGGAGUUUUGACUGUGGUGGUAAGAGUGAAGCUGGGAGUGAGUAAUGUGUGUUGGUAGUGUUUGUUCAAUGGGUUGUGUGUUUUUAAAAUAGUCCAAUGUGUGUCCUGGUUUUCGAGGAAUCUUUCGUUUACUCAUGUCACUGUCACUUGCUAUUUUCCCCUUAGUCUCUCUCUCUCUCAUUCCAUGACUCUAUCCCUCCCUCCCCUUAGUCUCUCUCUCUCUCUGUCUCUCUGUCUCUCUGUCUCUCUGUCUCUCUCUCUCUCUCUCUCUCUCUCUCUCUCUCUCUCUCUCUCUCUCUCUCUCUCUCUCUCUCUCUCUCUCUCUCUCAUUCGAUCACUCUAUCCCUCCCUCCCCCUUAGUCUCUCUCUCUCUCAUUCGAUCACUCUAUCCCUCCCUCCCCCUUAGUCUCUCUCUCUCUCAUUCCAUCACUCUAUCCCUCCCUCCCCCUUAGUCUCUCUCUCUCUCUUCACAGAAAAGUGUGACCAUAAGACAGAACCCCCUCAUCCUUCUUUCAUCCUGUUCCUCACUACACACUUUAGAAACUUUAAUAAAAAAGAAAUAUUGCACUGGCCUUCAUUCAACAUAUCAAUAUUCUUGCGGGAAAAAGCUAUUCGAAUAUAUAUAUAAAUAGAAUUUCUCGCUGAUCAGGACAAUUGUUGUUUUUGGCUUAACCCCAAAACCAGGUUAUCUGUUUUGAUUGAAUAUAGUCCAAGCACUUUCUGCAAGUUAAUUAUAGUGCAAGUUAGUGUUUAGAACCAAUAUGGAUGUAUCAAAGGUACCAAUAUGGAUGUAUCACAUGAUCCCUCUCCUUUGUUGAUCCUACCUGACUGUUUCUCCACUCAUCCCUCUCUCCUUAAAUCUGUCAUCCCUCUCCAUCCUCUCAUCUUCCUCACUCUGUUUUCUUAGACAUAUCACUCCUUCACCACUCAGUGGCAGCUGGAUAAGUGGCUGAAAAAAGUCCCCAAAAAAUCCUCCUCCUGCGACCAGGAUCCCAGCAAUCACGACCACGCCCAGAGAGCUACAGAGCACCGGUCACCCUCCCCAGACCCCCACAGAGCCCCAUCUCCAUCCAGAUCCAGAGAGGACUACAGCCCCAGCCAGAGCCCUGUUCCCAGCCCGCGCUUCAACUACAGCCCCAGGCAUAGCCCUCGGCCUAGCCCUGGUUACAGCCCCUGCCCCAGCCCCUGUCCCAGUCCUAGCCCCAGCCCAAGACACAGCCCCAUCCCUAGCCCGGUCCCCAGUGUCUGUCCGAGCCCCUGCCCAAGCCCCAGAGCCAGCUGCAGCCCUAGUUCCAUUCCCCGGCACCCCCCUAGGAGUCCUAGUCCUAGCCUUACUCAUUCUAGCCCCCGCCGCUAUCCUCAGGUUCGGAGUCCUUAUCAGGAAAGCCUCAGGCCUCCCACGCGGCCUAGCCUAACAACCAGCCCGAGCCAUAGACCCAAAAUCAGGCCCUGGAUUGCCCCUGUACCCAGCACUGAGCCCAAGAGCAAACCAAGACACAGUCCAUAUCCUCAGCCUCCGCUUCAGCACAACUCCAGGCCUAAACCCACACAGAGCCAGCCUGUUCCCACUCCCAAGACUACAGCCAAGGCAGCCCCUGCUCUGAGCACUGAGCUGAGCCACAGGCACAAACACAGACCCAGGCCUAGUCCCAACUCGAGUCCCAAGCUUCAUUCUCAGCCUAGCUCGAAACACGACCGCACUCUAGCCCCAAAAAGCCAACACCUAUCAACCUCUGGACAAAGGCCCAAGGAGAGUAGCAGACACAGCCACAAUUCCAACUCCAACCCCAGGCCCAGGUUUGGGCCUAGUUUGACAACCAGACUCAGUACCAGUCUCAGUCCCACACCCAGGGUCAAGCACUUACCCGCCACAGACCAUAGCAGAGAGACCAGCAGUAGAGUUGGUCACUGUUCCAAAUCAAGCCCCAAGCCACAUUCUCAGCCUAAGUCCAAAGCUAGUUCUGGGCCUCGCGCUAGAUCCAGCCCCAGCCCUAGACCCAAAGUCAAGUCCCGGGAGGCCCCUGCUCCCCACCCAAAGCUUCCACAGAAGAAGCCCCAAUCCAGGGAGAGAAAACAGGAGGUGGACAACCAGAGAGAGACCCAUGCACCAGAGAGGCAGGUAGACAGGCAGACAGAGGGAAAGGGGGAAAAUGAGGUAGAGAGACAGGCAGAAAAACAAGGAGAGAGGCAGGGGGGGAAACAGAAGGAAAGAAAGGGGGAGAGACAGGGAGAGAGAAGACUGGCGGAGGAGCAGUUGCUAAGACGCCCCUGGGUCCAGAGCUCAGAGGAAGAGGAGGAAGAGGACAUAGAGGAGAGAAAAAGGAGGAGGGAGGAGAGAGAGAGAGAGGAGAAGCGCAAGAGGAGGAGGAAGGAGCAACAGCAGCAGCAGAGAGGCGAAUGGCAAGCGGUCCAGCCCAAGCAGAGACCUCACACCAACAGCGAGCGACGUCGCCAUCCCAUCGACCCACAACGCCACGGGACCAAUAAAAAGAGGAAGAGUGAGGAGGAAGAAGAGAGACAGUCUCAGCAGGACCCUUCCCCUCUGCCGUCGCCCUCCUCCCCCACUCCUGUCGUCCCUCCCACGGACUCCUCCUCCUCUUCAUCAUCUUCCUCUUUGGUGUCGGACUCGGAGCCCGAUCUGACUCCCAACGUCACCAAAGUCCAGGCCGACUCCACAUCAAGCCAGCGUCCCAUCCCCAGAAGAGGAUACCAGGGCCCGGGGAGGCCCGCGGAUAGCAGGCCCAGAGUGCUCUACCCCAGGCGCACCACCGCAUCCAACCCAGGCCAGGGGCAGGAGAUCCAGGGGAAGCAGAAACUCUACACCCUGGUCCCGUUUGGACGUAGUGAGCAGGCCGCAGACUCCCAUCGAGGCCUGAGAAACUUGGUGGUGCAGAUAGACCUCUCCCUGCUCGACAGAGUGCCUGAUACUACGACAGGCACCCGAGCCUCUCACAAACACUCUUCCUCCUCCUCUUCCAAGCAGAAAGAGGCCAUGAGACACCUGUGCAUCCCCGAGACAGAGGGAGGAGACAGCAAGAGGAAACGCAAGGUAACACACAUACUCCUUCUCUUUUUUUCUCUAUAAACCUCCAGCGUAAACAAGAUACAGUGGGGAGAACAAGUAUUUGAUACACUGCCGAUUUUGCAGGUUUUCCUACUUACAAAGCAUGUAGAGGUCUGUAAUUUUUAUCAUAGGUACACUUCAACUGUGAGAGACGGAAUCUAAAACAAAAAUCCAGAAAAUCACAUUGUAUGAUUUUUAAGUAAUUAAUUUGCAUUUUAUUGCAUGACAUAAGUAUUUGAUCACCUACCAACCAGUAAGAAUUCCGGCUCUCACAGACCUGUUAGUUUUUCUUUAAGAACCCUCCUGUUCUCCACUCAUUACCUGUAUUAACUGCACCUGUUUGAACUUGUUACCUGUAUAAAAGACACCUGUCCACACACUCAAUCAAACAGACUCCAACCUCUCCACAAUAGCCAAGACCAGAGAGCUGUGUAAGGACAUCAGGGAUAAAAUUGUAGACCUGCACAAGGCUUGGAUGGGCUACAGGACAAUAGGCAAGCAGCUUGGUGAGAAGGCAACAACUGUUGGCGCAAUUAUUCGAAAAUGGAAGAAGUUCAAGAUGACAGUCAAUCACCCUCGGUCUGGGGCUCCAUGCAAGAUCUCACCUCAUGGGGCAUCAAUGAUCAUGAGGAAGGUGAGGGAUCAGCCCAGAACUACACGGCAGGACCUGGUCAAUGACCUGAAGAGAGCUGGGACCACAGUCUCAAAGAAAACCAUUAGUAACACACUACGCCGUCAUGGAUUAAAAUCCUACAGCGCACGCAAGGUCCCCCUGCUCAAGCCAGCGCAUGUCCAGGCCCGUCUGAAGUUUGCCAAUGACCAUCUGGAUGAUCCAGAGGAGGAAUGGGAGAAGGUCAUGUGGUCUGAUGAGACAAAAAUAGAGCUUUUUGGUCUAAACUCCACUCGCCGUGUUUGGAGGAAGAAGAAGGAUGAGUACAACCCCAAGAACACCAUCCCAACCGUGAAACAUGGAGGUGGAAACAUCAUUCUUUGGGGAUGCUUUUCUGCAAAGGGGACAGGACAACUGCACCAUAUUGAGGGGAGGAUGGAUUGGGCCAUGUAUCGCGAUAUCUUGGCCAACAACCUCCUUCCCUCAGUAAGAGCAUUGAAGAUGGGUCGUGGCUGGGUCUUCCAUCAUGACAACGACCCGAAACACACAGCCAGGGCAAUUAAGGAGUGGCUCCGUAAGAAGCAUCUCAAGGUCCUGGAGUGCCCUAGCCAGUCUCCAGACCUGAACCCAAUAGAAAAUCUUUGCAGGGAGCUGAAAGUCUGUAUUGCCCAGCGACAGCCCCGAAACCUGAAGGAUCUGGAGAAGGUCUGUAUGGAGGAGUGGGCCAAAAUCCCUGCUGCAGUGUGUGCAAACCUGGUCAAGACCUACAGGAAACGUAUGAUCUCUGUAAUUGCAAACAAAGGUUUCUGUACCAAAUAUUAAGUUCUGCUUUUCUGAUGUAUCAAAUACUUAUGUCAUGCAAUAAAAUGCAAAUGAAUUACUUAAAAAUCAUACAAUGUGAUUUUCUGGAUGUUUGUUCUAGAUUCCGUCUCUCACAGUUGAAGUGUACCUAUGAUAAAAAUUACAGACCUCUACAUGCUUUGUAAGUAGGAAAACCUGCAAAAUCGGCAGUGUAUCAAAUACUUGUUCUCCCCACUGUAGUUGUACAGUGCCUUGCAAAAGUAUUCAUCCCCCUUGGCAUUUUUCCUUUUUGUUGCUUUACAACCUGUAAUUUAAAUGGAUUUUUAUUUGGAUUUCAUGUAAUGGACAUACACAAAAUAGUCCAAAUUGGUGAAGUGAAAUGAAAGAAAUUACUUGUUUCAAAAAAUUCAAAAAAUAAAUAACGGAAAAAUUGUGCAUAUGUAUUCACCCCCUUUGCUAUGAAGCCCCUAAAUAAGAUCUGGUGCAACCAAUUACCUUCAGAAGUCACAUAAUUAGUUAAAUAAAGUCCACCUGUGUGCAAUCUAAGUGUCACAUGAUCUGUCACAUGAUAUCAGAAUAUAUACACCUGUUCUGAAAGGCCCCAGAGUCUGCAACACCACUAAGCAAGGGCCACCACCAAGCAAGCGGCAUCAUGAAGACCAAGGAGCUCUCCAAACAGGUCAGGGACAAAGUUGUGGAGAAGUACAGAUCAGGGUUGGGUUAUAAAAAAAUAUCUGAAACUUUGAACAUCCCACGGAGCACCAUUAAAUCCAUAUAAAAAAAUGGAAAGAAUAUGGCACCACAACAAACCUGCCAAGAGAGGGCCGCCCACCAAAACUCACGGACCAGGCAAGGAGGGCAUUAAUCAGAGAGGCAACAAAGAGACCAAAGAUAACCCUGAAGGAGCUGCAAUCUCCACAGCGGAGAUUGGAGUAUCUGUCCAUAGGACCACUUUAAGCCGUACACUCCACAGAGCUGGGCUUUACGGAAGAGUGGCCAGAAAAAUGCCAUUGCUUACAGAAAGAAAUAAGCAAACACGUUUGGUGUUCGCCAAAAGGCAUGUGGGAGACUCCCGAAACAUAUGGAAGAAGGUACUCUGGUCAGAUGAGACUAAAAUUGAGCUUUUGGGCCAUCAAGGAAAACGCUAUGUCUGGCACAAACCCAACACCUCUCAUCACUCAGAGAACACCAUCCCCACAGUGAAGCAUGGUGCUGGCAGCAUCAUGCUGUGGGGAUGUUUUUAAUCGGCAGGGACUGGGAAACUGGUCAGAAUUGAAGGAAUGAUGGAUGGCGCUAAAUACAGGGAAAUUCUCAAGGGAAACCUGUUUCAGUCUUCUAGAGAUUUGAGACUGGGACGGAGGUUCACCUUCCAGCAGGACAAUGACCCUAAGCAUACUCCUAAAGCAACACUCGAGUGGUUUAACAUUUAAAUGUCUUGGAUUGGCCUAGUCAAAGCCCAGACCUCAAUCCAUUUGGGAUUCUGUGGUAUGACUUAAAGAUUGUUGUACACCAGCGGAACCCAUUCAACUUGAAUGAGCUGGAGCAGUUUUGCCUUGAAGAAUGGGCAAAAGUCCCAGUGGCUAGAUGUGCCAAGCUUAUAGAGACAUACCCCAAGAGACAUACCCCAAGAGACAGCUGUAAUUGCUGCAAAAGGUGGGGGGGGGGGGGGUGAAUAGUUAUGCACGCUCAAGUUUUCUGUUUUUUUGUCUUAUUUCUUGUUUGUUCACAAUGAAAAAUAUUUUGCAUCUUCAAAGUGGUAGGCAUGUUGUGUAAAUCAAAUGAUACAAACCCACAAAAAAUCCAUUUUAAUUCCAGGUUGUAAGGCAACAAAAUAGGAAAAAUGCCACACGGGGUGAAUACUUUCGCAAGCCACUGUACUGUAGCUAGUUUAGCAUGGAAUACUAAUGUCACCCUUUACUGAGACCUGAAGUCCUUUUUACUUCAGAACUACAAUAUUAAUUAAUUAAUUUAAUUAAUUAAUUAAUUAAUAUUCCAUUUAGCAGACGCUUUUAUCCAAAGCGACUUACAGUCAUGCGUGCAUACAUUUUUUUUGUGUAUGGGUGGUCCCGGGGAUCGAACCCACUACCUUGGCGUUACAAGCGCCGUGCUCUACCAGCUGAGCUACAAUAGCCUGGUGUCCGUGGUUCAACCAUAAUAUGUGUUUCCUCCCAGUCAGAGAAUGGAGUCCAGCACCACAAAGAGAGUAAGAGGAGUAACUCCCACACCAACGACCCCUCUACCCACACAGAGUCUACAACUCAAAGACGUCUAGACCCUCACUCAGACACCAGACACAACUGGUGAGACUGGAACACACACUCUCAUACACACUCUCAUACACACUCUCAUACACACUCUCACACACACUCUCAUACACACUUAUACACACUUAUACCCUCUCAUACAGAAAACACUCAUACACACUUAUACACACUCUAAUACACACACACACACACACACACACACACACACACACACAAACACACAGAUAUACACUGAGUAUACAAAACAUUAAGGACACCUGCUCUUUCCAUGACAUAGACUAACCAGGUGAAUCCAGGUAAAGGCUACAGUAUACAGUGCAUUCUGAAAGUAUUCAGACCCCUUGACUUUUUUCACAUUUUGUUACGUUACAGCCUUAUUCUAAAAUGGAUUAAAUAACAAAAUAUUCCUCAUCAAUAUACACACAAUACCCCAUAAUGACAAAGUAAAAACAAAUUUUUAUACAUUUUUGCAAAUGUAUAAUGAAGAAACCCCCGGAAAUAUCACAUUUACAUAAAUAUUCAGAUCCUUUGCUCUGAGACUCGAAAUUGAGCUCAGGUGCAUCCUGUUUCCAUUGAUCAUCCUUGAGAUGUUUCUACAACUUGAUUGGAGUCCACCUGUGGUAAAUUCAAUUGAUUGGUCAUGAUUUUGAAAGGCACACAUCUAUCUAUAUAAGGUCCCCACAGUUGUCAGUGCAUGUCAGAGCAAAAACCAAGCCAUGAGGUCGAAGGAAUUGUCCGUAGAGCUCCGAGACAGGAUUGUGUCGAGGCACAGAUCUGGGGAAGGGUACUAAAAAAUGUCUGCAGCAUUGAAGGUCCCCAACAACACAGUGGCCUCUAUCAUUAUUAAAUGGAAGAAGUUUGGAACCACCAAGACUCUUCCUAGAGCUGGCCGCCUGGCCAAACUGAGCAAUCGGGGUAGAAGGGCCUUGGUCAGGGAGGUGACCAAGAACCCAAUGGUCACUCUGACAGAGCUCCAGAGUUCCUCUGUGGAGAUGGGAGAACCUUCCAGAAGGACAACAAUCUCUGCAGCACUCCACCAAUCAGGCCUUUAUGGUAGAGUGGCCAGACGGAAGCCGCUCCUCAGUAGAAAGCACAUGACAGCCCGCUUGGAGUUUGCCAAAAAGCACCUAAACAAGAUUAUCUGGUCUGAUGAAACCAAGAUUGAACUCUUUGGCCUGAAUGCCAAGCGUCACUUCUGGAGAAAACCUGGCACCAUCCCUACGGUGAAGCAUGGUGGUGGCAUUAUCAUGCUGUGGGAUGUUUUUCAGUGGCAGGGACUGGGAGACUAGCCAGGAUUGAGGCAAAGAUGAACGGAGCAAAAUACAGAAAGAUUCUUGAUGAAAACCUGCUCCAGAGCGCUCAGGACCACAGACUGGGGCGAAGUUUCACCUUCUAACAGGACAAUGACCCUAAGCACACAGCCAAGACAAUGCAGGAGUGGCUUCGAGUCUCUGAAUGUCCUUGAGUGGCCCAGCCAGAGCCCGGACUUGAACCUGAUCGAACAUCUCUGAAGAGACCUAAAAAUAGCUGUGCAGUUGUAACAGUGUUGCUUCCGUCCCUCUCCUUGCCCCAACCUGGGCUUGACCAGGGACCCUCUGCACACAUCAAUAACAGUCACCCUCGAAGCACCGUUACCCAUCCCUCCACAAAAGCCGCGGCCCUUGCAGAGCAAGAGAAACAACUACUUUAAGGUCUCAGAGCGAGUGACGUUACCGAUUGAAACGCUACUAGCGCGCACCGCUAACUAGCUAGCCAUUUCACACCGGUUACACAGUGACGCUCCUCAUCCAACUUGACAGAGCUUGAGAGGAUCUGCAGAGAAGAAUGGGAGAAACUCCCCAAAUACAGGUGUGCCAAGCUUGUAGAGUCAUACUCAAGAAGACUCAAGGCUGUAAUCGCUGACAAAGGUGCUUCAACAAAGUACUGAGUAAAGGGUCAGUUUUUUUGCAAAAAUGUCUUCAAACCAGUUUUUCCUUUGUCAUUAUGGGGUAUUGUGUGUAGAUUGAUACAUUUUAGAAUAAGGCUGUAACAUAACAAAAUGUGGAAAAAGUCAAGGCGUCUGAAUAUUUUCUAAAUACACUAUGUAAAUGUGAUAUAUCCGGGGGGGGGGGGAUUUAUUAUGCAUUUGUAAAAAUGUCCAAUAACCUGUUUUUGCUUUGUCAUUAUGGGGUAUUGUGUGUAUACUGAUUAGGGGAAAAUAACAAUUUAAUCAAUUUUAGAAUAAGGCUGUAACGUAACAAAAUGUGGAAAAAGUCAAGGGGUCUGAGUACUUUCCGAAUGCACUGUAUAUACACAGUCUGAUACAUACAUACACACUCUAAAAAGUACUGACUGUGUCUUUUGGGGCUUGUAUGUGUGAGCAGGUUCUUAGAGGACUAUCUGGACAGUAAGAGGCCAAUGUCCCCCCUGUCCCCUCUCUCUGACACCCCCGACCCCACCAAGCCCCCCAUCAAAGCACAGCACCCAGAGCCUAAGAUGGAGGUUGAGUGUUGUGUUGGGGUGUCAGGGCAGCCCCAGCCCAAGUGUGAAUCAUGGGGACCUCCUUUACGACGGGCAGGGGGACAGAGAGGAACCGUACCCAACCAUGAACCGUGAGUGACUGACUGAAAAAUAAGGCCACUGUCAGUCUUAAUGACCACAUUCUACAGCCCAACCUAGACCGUCAGAAGCAGUCAGUAGCUACCACAUAAUAAUAUAUUUGUCUGCUCUUUCCUAUUGACUUCCUCCCCCUCUCCAUCCCUCUGUAGCCCACAUCAUGCUGAGUACUACAUGCAUGAAGCCAAGAGGAUGAAGCACCGUGCAGAUGCCAUGGUGAGACUGGUUCAGGACUGUGUUAGGACCAGAAGGACUGUUCUAACACUGAGUUAGGAAUGUUCAAGUUGCACUAUGCAGAAAUCGCGCCGCCAUUUCCUGGUUGCUAAAACUCUGAUAGUUUCCCUAAUUUCAGUUUAUGUGACAAAAUAAGCUAGUAUAGUGUAGAGAAUCAUUGUACCAUCUAAACUGCUGUGAAAUAUAUAUUUUCCAUAACCAAAAAUAUUGUAUUUUCAGCUGUUUGAAGCUGGUGUACAAAACCAAAAGCAAAAACAAAACUUAAGACCAGGAAGCAUAGAAAUAGCGCACAUAGAACAGAUCUACCGCUACUUAGACUUGCUUUCAGGUAGAACGAUAUAUCUAUAACUCACAUUUCUAUGUGAAUUUGGUCAGGUCGCCCAAAGAAUUACAUAUUGCCACUUUAAGACUGUUUCAAAGAUAUCAGUAAUAUUUUUAAGAUAAGUUAGCUAAAAUGAUAAGGACCCUUUUACUCGAUUAAGUGGCUAGUGAGCUCUUCCAACUUCUUUCAUCUCCUAUCUCACUUACCCAGUCUCUCUCUGUCUCAGGUGGAUAAGCUGGGGAAGGCAGUGAACUAUGUGGAUGCUGCUCUCUCCUUCAUGGAGUGUGGAAAAGCUAUGGAGGAGGGUCCACUGGAGGCCAAGUCUCCCUAUACCAUGUACGCAGAGACGGUAGAGCUUAUCAGGUGAGACACACACACACACACACACACACACACACACACAAACACUCACACAGACUCACACACAAACACACACACACACACACACACACUGUAACAGUGAUCCUCUGUGGUUGUCAGGUACGCCAUGAGGCUGAAGAGCCACUCUGGCCCAGGGGCCAGACAGGAAGACCAACAGUUGGCCGUACUGUGGUACGUAUGUCACUAGCAACGAUCGUUCAAAUUGAUGAAAGGUCAAAAAUACAGUUCUGAUCAAUGUAAAAUCUGCAUAAUGGAGUAAGAUACUCAAUGCUUUUUGAAUUUUAAAAACCCAUCAAACAUUGACUGAACCAUUGUUUAAUGAGAUCCAGAAAAUCUAUGGAAUCCAGACAGUUUACGUGGCAAUUUCAGUUUAAUGUCAAAUAUCAAAUGUUUUCUUCUUUGAAACAACCAUGCCAACAUUUUUUUUAACCAUAAAUGGCCUAUUUAUGUGUUUUGUUAUUACAUUGAUGGAGUAAACUUUUGGAAAUACCAACUAAUUUGCAUAUACUCAUGGCCAUAAUUAAAAAGAAUAGCAUAAAAUUAGGCCUACUCUCUAUACAAUCGGCAUCUUUCUUUGGUAGGCCUACCAACCCCUCACAAUCUCCCAGCUUUCACCAUGGCUUUCAUUCAUAUUCAUGAUUGUUUUUGUCAAAUCCUCUUGCAUAUUCAACAUUAGGUGGAGACUGUGUUUAAGAAAAGGAUAGUCACCUAACCUAAAUGCCCUGCUCUAGAAUUUUCAAGUGCAGAAAUAGUUGUUGGUUGUUAAUUUUUGGGAGCGGCUUCCAUUGUGGCUGAGUUAGGCCUACUUUGUAAACAUUAAAUCUCAACUUUUUCAAACUCUACAAAAAUUAACACUAACCUGUGCAACGAUCGCUUUCGUGUCUUUCUUGUGAUAUAAAUAUUGUUUGUGAGUUUAAUCCCUGUCAAAUCAAAUCAAAUGUUAUUUGUUACAUGCUUCUUAAACAACAGGUGUACACUAACAGUGAAAUGCUUACUUUCCCAACAAUGCAGAGAGAAAGAAAAUAGAGAAAUAAUAGAAAAGUAAAACACAUAAUAAUAAAAGUAAUAAUAAAUACACAAUGAGUAACGAUAACUUGGCAAUAUACAGGGGGUACCAGUACCGAGUUGAUUUGCAGGGGUACGAGGUAAUUGAGGUAGAUAUGUACAUAUACUGUAACUAGGAAUAAAGUGACAGAUAAUAAACAGUAGAAGAAGCUUAUGUGAUGAGUCACAAAAGCUAGUGCAAAAAGGGUCCAUGCAGAUAGUACUGGUAGCAAUUUGGUUAACUAUUUAACUAACUAUUUAGCAGUCUUAUGGCUUGGGAUUAGAAGCUGUUCAGGGUACUGUUGGUUCCAGACUUGGUGCAUCGGUACCGCUUGCCGUGCGGUAGCAGAGCGAACAGUCUAUGGCUGUAGUCUUUGACAAUUUUUAGGGCCUUCCUCUGACACCACCUGGUAUAGAUGUCCUGGAUGGCAGGGAGCUCGGCCCCAGUGAUGUAGCGCCUGCCAAGCAGUUGCCAUACCAAGCGGUGAUGCAGCCAGUCAAGAUGCUCUCAACGGUGCAGCUGUAUAACUUUUUGAGGAUCUGAGGGUCCAUGCUAAAUAUUUUGAGGGGCCCCCGUGUUGAGGGUCAGCGUGACGGAUGUGUUGUUGCCUACCCUCACUACCUGGGGCGGCCUGUCAGGAGAGUGAGGUGUUCAGUCCCAGGGACCUUAGUUUAGUGAUGAGCUUUGAGGGCACUAUGGUGUUGAACGCUGAGCUGUAGUCAAUGAACAGCAUUCUCACAUAGGUGUACCUUUUGUCCAAGUGGGAAAGGGCGGUGUGGAGAGCAAUAAGGAUUGCGUCAUCUGUGGAUAUGUUGGGGCGGUAUGCAAAUUGGAGUGGGUCCAGGGUGUCUGGGAUGAGGGUGUUGAUGUGAGCCAUGACCAGCCUUUCAAAGCAUUUCAUGGCUACAGAUGUGAGUGCUACGGGGAGAUAGUCAUUUAGACAGGUUACCUAGGUGUUCUUGGGCACAGCGACUAUGGUGGUCUGCUUGAACAUGUAGGUAUUACAGAUUGUGUCAGGGAGAGGUUAAAAAUGUCAGUGAAGACACUUUCCAGCAGGUCAACGCAUGCUCUGAGUACACAUCAUUUUAAUCCGUCUGGCCCUGCAGCCUUGUUAACCUGUUGAAAGGUCUUACUCACAUCGGCUACGGAAAGCGUGAUCACACAGUUGUCCGGAACAGCUGGUGCUCUCACGCAUGGUUCAGUGUUGCUUGCCUUGAAGCGAGCGUAGAAGGCAUUUAGCUCGUCUGGUAGGCUCUUGUCACUGGGCAGCUCGUGGCUGGGUUUCCCUUUGUAAUCCGUGAUAGUUUGCAAGCCCUGCCACAUCCGACAAGCGUCAGAGCCGGUGAAGUAGGAUUCGAUCUUAGUUCUGUAUUGAUGCUUUGCCAGUUUGAUGGUUCUUCAGAGGGCGUCAAAGUGUCGGCGUUGAAUAGAUUCAGACAAAACCACACUAUGUGUCAUUGUUUACAUUUUGAAGGGGACUUGCUUGUGUUUGAGCCGGCAUAAUGCACGUUUGCACAAUCAUAACAUCGACAGGGAAAUGUUUUUUGUACAAGCAAGAGUUAGAAUGUUGUUAGAUUAAUUUGUAUUUUAAGAAUAAUGACUAAAGGAUUUCACCCCAAAUACAGUAUAAAUGUGUAAACUGUUAGAAUUAUCAACCCACUAACAGAGGGGGGGGCUAAACAUUCCAGAGUAAGGAGAAAGGUGGAAACUGUUUAAGAAAGCCUCCUAAAAGGUGGGCGGAGCAAGGUGCCUUUGUGUGUAAAGGGGUAUAAAACAGUAUGUAUGUGUUUUGGGCGCCAGAGCUCUCCAUGACUAACAAAUGUGCAUUGCUUUUCUUUUGAAAUAAAUCGGUCCAGCGACAAUUAUUUGACAAAUGAAUUUACACCUCACAAAAACAGGGGAAUAAUGGCGGGGCAUGGUGGGCGGGGCAUGCACAUUGCUAAUGUCACUUCCUCUCUGUCAUUUCCUGUCUAUUAUUACCCACCUAGAAAAUAAUCACCUAUAGGAUGUGGAUUAUGUAUUUAUUUACUGGGCAUUUCUCUCUGUGUGUGUGUGUGUGUGUGUGUGUGUGUGUGUGUGUGUGUGUGUGUGUGUGUGUGUGUGUGUGUGUGUGUGUGGUCCCUAGUUUCCGGUGCCUUGCUCUCCUGUACUGGCAGAUGUUUCGUCUAAAGAAGGAUCAUGCCCUGAAGUAUUCCAAAGCUCUAUUGGACUACUUUAAGGUACAAACCUCACCAGCAGCUAUUUUAACUGCUGGAUUUAGUGUGAUGCAAUUAAAAGCAGACGUGUUAGAUUAGAUUGGUUAGAUUGUAACUGUGUUUUAUCUGUCGUCCCAGAGUUCUCCAAAAGUGCCUACUACUCCCCCAAUCUGGAGCGACUCGGGAAAGUAAGAAAGACUCGCUCUCUGUCUCUCUUACCCCCCCCCCCCCCCCCCCCCCCUCAAUCACUCCAAUGUUUUUGUGAAUGUAGUAUUACGUUGAUUUGACCUUAGUGAAGUAUCAUUGGGUUCUUCUCAUCAACAGGGGCACAGGGGGACCUCCCUCAUCACUCUCCCCGAGCCCCUCAGCCCUCACCCUGGGCUCUCACACUAGCAGCUCCCCCUCCUCCCUCAUCAGCAUUCCCCAGCGCAUCCAUCAGAUGGCAGCAAACCACCUCAACAUCACCAACAGUGUCCUCUACAGCUAUGAGUACUGGGAGGUAGCAGAUAGCCUGGCCAGAGACAACAAGGGUAAGAGAGACUAUCUCUUUAUUAGCAAAUUAAUAGAUGGCCUGAAAUGACCUCUUUGGUUUUUUUUAGAGAGAGAGAGAGAGAGAGAGAGAGAGAGAGAGAGAGAGAGAGAGAGAGAGAGGGAGAGGGAGAGAGAGAGAUAUGUACAUAGUCAAUGGUAGGCUAAGAGGGGACUCCUACGGUAGGUACACAUAUAGCUCAUGUCUUGGCAGUAGUACUAGACUACUUUAUCACUGACCUCAACCCAGUCUCUUAGAGCGUUCACAGUCAGUCCACUGACACCCCUAUCAGAUCACAGAAAAUGAUGUAUGGAUAAACCACUUCUCCAAUCUUUUUGGCCCUAUAACAAAGAACAAACAGCAAAAACAUAUACAUGAUCAAAUAAAAAUCUUAGAAUCAACUAUUAAAGACUACCAGAACCCACUGGAUUCUCCAAUUACAUUGAAAGAACUACAGGACAAAAUACAAACCCUCCAACCCAAAAAGGCCUGUGGGGUUGAUGGUAUCCUAAAUGAAAUGAUAAAAUAUACAGACCACAAAUUCCAAUUGGCUAUACUUAAACUUUUUAACAUCAUCCUCAGCUCUGCCAUAUUCCCCAAUAUUUGGAACCAAGGACUGAUCACCCCAAUCCACAAUGUGGAGACAAAUUUGACCCCAAUAACUACCGUGGGAUAUGCGUCAACAGCAACCUUGGUAAAAUCCUCUGCAUUAUUAUUAACAGCAGACUCGUACAUUUCCUCAGCAAAAACAAUGUACUGAGCAAAUGUCAAAUUAGCUUUUUACCAAAUUACCAUACAACAGACCACGUAUUCACCCUGCACACCCUAAUUGACAAACAAACAAAACAAAACAAAGGCAAAGUCUUCUCAUGCUUUGUUGAUUUCUAAAAAGCUUAUGACUCAAUUUGGCAUUAUACGACAUUAUAAAAUCCAUGUACAUAAACAACAAUUGUGCGGUUAAAAUUGGCAAAAAACACACACAUUUAUUUCCACAGGGCCAGGGGGUGAGACAGGGAUGCAGCUUAAGCCCCACCCUCUUCAACAUAUAUAUAAACGAAUUGGCGAGGGCACUAGAACAGUCUGCAGCACCCGGCCUCACCCUACCAGAAUCUGAAGUUAAAUGUCUACUGUUUGCUGAUGAUCUGGUGCUUCUGUCCCCAACCAAGGAGGGCCUACAGCAACGCCUAGAUCUUCUGCACAGAUUCUGUCAGACCUGGGCCCUGACAGUAAAUCUCAGUAAGACAAAAAUAAUGGUGUUCCAAAAAAGUUCCAGUUGCCUGGACCACGAAUACAAAUUCCAUCUAGACAGCGUUGCCCUAGAGCACACAAAAAACUAUACAUACCUCGGCCUAAACAUCAGCGCCACAGGUAACUUCCACAAAGCUGUGAAUGAUCUAAGAGACAAGGCAAGAAGGGCCUUCUAUGCCAUCAAAAUGAACAAAAAAUUAGACAUACUAAUUAGGAUCUGGCUAAAAAUACUUGAAUCAGUUAUAGAAUCUAUUGCCCUAUAUGGUUGUGAGGUCUGGGGUCCGCUCACCAACCAAGAAUUCACAAAAUGGGACAAACACCAAAUUGAGACUCUGCAUGCAGAAUUCUGCUAAAAUAUCCUCUGUGUACAACGUAAAACACAUAAUGCAUGCAGAGCAGAAUUAGGCCGAUACCCGCUAAUUAUCAAAAUCCAGAAAAGAGCCGUUAAAUUCUACAACCACCUAAAAGGAAGCAAUUCCCAAACCUUCCAUAACAAAGCCAUCACCUACAGAGAAAUGAACCUGGAGAAGAGCCCCCUAAGCAAGCUGGUCCUGGGGCUCUGUUCACAAACACAAACAGACCCCACAUAGCUCCAAGACAGCAAUACAAUUAGACAACCAAAUCAUGAGAAAAUAAAAGAGAAUUACUUGACACAUUGGAAAGAAUUUAUUGUAUAGAAUGCUAUUUGGCCCUAAACAGAGAGUACACAGUGGCAGAAUUCCUGACCACUGUGACUGACCCAAAAUUAAGGAAAUCUUUGACUAUGUACAGACUCAGUGAGCAUAGCCUUGCUAUUGAGAGAGGCCGCCGAAGGCAGACCUGGCUCUCAAGAGAAGACAGGCUAUGUGCACACUGCCCACAAAAUGAGGUGGAAACUGAGCUGCACUUCCUAACUUCCUGCCAAAUGUAUGACCAUAUCAGAGAUACAUAUUUCCCUCAGAUUACACAGACCCACAAAGAAUUCCAAAACAAAUCCAAUGUUGAUAAACUCCCAUAUCUAUUGGGUGAAAUACCACAGUGUGCAUCACAGUAGCAAGAUUUGUGACCUGUUGCCACAAGUAAAGGGCAACCAGUGAAGAACAAACACCAUUGUAAAAACAACCUAUAUUUAUGUUUAUUUAUUUUCCCUUUUGUACUUUAACUAUUUGCACAUCAUUACAACACUGUACAGUGGGGGAAAAAAGUAUUUAGUCAGCCACCAAUUGUGCAAGUUCUCCCACUUAAAAAGAUGAGAGAGGCCUGUAAUUUUCAUCAUAGGUACACGUCAACUAUGACAGACAAAUUGAGGGGAAAAAAUCCAGAAAAUCACAUUGUAGGAUUUUUAAUGAAUUUAUUUGCAAAUUAUGGUGGAAAAUAAGUAUUUGGUCACCUACAAACAAGCAAGAUUUCUGGCUCUCACAGACCUGUAACUUCUUCUUUAAGAGGCUCCUCUGUCCUCCACUCGUUACCUGUAUUAAUGGCACCUGUUUGAACUUGCUAUCAGUAUAAAAGAUACCUGUCCACAACCUCAAACAGUCACACUCCAAACUCCACUAUGGCCAAGACCAAAGAGCUGUCAAAGGACACCAGAAACAAAAUUGUAGACCUGCACCAGGCUGGGAAGACUGAAUCUGCAAUAGGUAAGCAGCUUGGUUUGAAGAAAUUAACUGUGGGAGCAAUUAUUAGGAAAUGGAAGACAUACAAGACCACUGAUAAUCUCCCUCGAUCUGGGGCUCCACGCAAGAUCUCACCCUGUGGGGUCAAAAUGAUCACAAGAACGGUGAGCAAAAAUCCCAGAACCACACGGGGGGACCUACUGAAUGACCUGCAGAGAGCUGGGACCAAAGUAACAAAGCCUACCAUCAGUAACACACUACGCCGCCAGGGACUCAAAUCCUGCAGUGCAAUAGACGUGUCCCCCUGCUUAAGCCAGUACAUGUCCAGGCCCGUCUGAAGUUUGCUAGAGUGCAUUUGGAUGAUCCAGAAGAGGAUUGGGAGAAUGUCAUAUGGUCAGAUGAAACCAAAAUAUAACUUUUUGGUAAAAACUCAACUCGUCGUGUUUGGAGGACAAAGAAUGCUGAGUUGCAUCCAAAGAACACCAUACCUACUGUGAAGCAUGGGGGUGGAAACAUCAUGCUUUGGGGCUGUUUUUCUGCAAAGGGACCAGGACGACUGAUCCGUGUAAAGGAAAUAAUGAAUGGGGCCAUGUAUCGUGAGAUUUUGAGUGAAAACCUCCUUCCAUGAGCAAGGGCAUUGAAGAUGAAACGUGGCUGGGUCUUUCAGCAUGACAAUGAUCCCAAACACACCGCCCGGGCAACGAAGGAGUGACUUCGUAAGAAGCAUUUCAAGGUCCUGGAGUGGCCUAGCCAGUCUCCAGAUCUCAACCCCAUAGAAAAUCUUUGGAGGGAGUUGAAAGUCCGUGUUGCCCAGCGACAGCCCCAAAACAUCACUGCUCUAGAGGAGAUCUGCAUGGAGGAAUGGGCCAAAAUACCAGCAACAGUGUAUGAAAACCUUGUGAAGACUUACAGAAAACGUUUGACCUGUGUCAUUGCCAACAAAGGGUAUAUAACAAAGUAUUGAGAAACUUUUGUUAUUGACCAAAAACUUAUUUUCCACCAUAAUUUGCAAAUAAAUUCAUUAAAAAUCCUACAAUGUGAUUUUCUGGAUUUUUUUUCCUCAUUUUGUCUGUCAUAGUUGACAUGUACCUAUGAUGAAAAUGACAGGCCUCUCUCAUCUUUUUAAGUGGGAGAACUUGCACAAUUGGUGGCUGACUAAAUACUUUUUUCCCCCACUGUAUAUAGACAUAAUAUGACACUUCUUUAUUAUUUUGGAACUUUUGUGAGUGUAAUGUUUACUGUUCAUUUCUUAUUGUUUAUUUCACUUUUGUUUAUUAUGUAUUUCACUUGCUUUGGCAAUGUAAACAUAUGUUUUCCAUGCCAAUAAUGCCCUUUAAAUUGAAAUUGAAUUGAAUUGACAGUAAGAGAGAGAGAGAGAGAGAGAGAGAGAGAGAGAGAGAGAGAGAGAGAGAGAGAGAGAGAUCAGUUUGUUCAAACUAGGUUUCAGUGUUUUAUUAGAUUUUAUCUAACUCCCCCACCCCACCCCCCCACCCCCCGCUUUCUCUAAAUCUCUUUCCCUCUCUCUCUCUCUCUCUCUCUCUCUCUCUCUCUCUCUCUCUCUCUCUCUCUCUCUCUACUUAUCUCUCUCUCUCUUUCUCUCUCUCUCUCUUUCUCUCUCUCUUUCUUUCCAGAGUUCUUUAACUACUUGAACACCCUGUCGGGGCCGUUGACUCUCCACAGUAGUAUUACUCAUGCAGUCCAGUACACCAGACAGGCUCUACAGUGGAUACGCAUCAGUGCCAACGUGGGUUAGUGGAGGGAGGGGCGAGACCACAGAGAAUGAUAGAAAAAGCAUCCCUCUAUAGUUCCCAUUAUGGCAUCUGUGAGCGCACCGGCAGCGCCAUUGAGGCAAUCUCC